AUGGCGAAGAUGGGCACCUGGCCUUCCUAUACCAACCAGAACAGCCCGAACUGCACGGGGGCGUCCUUUGGAGGGAUGGCUAGUGGCACGGAAGAGCCGUUGCUUGGGGAGCAGCGCCCUGAGUUCAGCCCCACGACACAUGCCGUCAUAUUCACCAUGACGAACUUCCUCAUCUUCGCUGAGCGCGGCAUUGCGUUUGGCAUCGUGCCCAUACUCAUAGCUGCUUUCAAGGUGAAUCAAAAGGAGGCAGGGAUGAUGUCAUCAAUCGCCAUUGUCGGCUUCAUGCUGCGCUCUUCGCUCGGGCCGCUCGCAAAGAAGGUCUCUAUAAGGUUUUUCAACGGCUUUGGCGAGGCUUUCCUUUGUACUUUGGCGCCUCCGAUCCUGGAUGAUGUGGCACCCGAGGGCAAAAAGUCGACCUACAUUGGAUACUACUUCACUGCCAUCCCUCUUGGCAUGGCCCUCGGUAUUGCUUGCACAUUCGCGCUUGACAGCUGGGCGAUGGCUCGCUUUCUCUUUAUGCUGAUGGCGUUGAUUUGGUUUGCACUAUUCCUGUUCUUCUACCUAAAACACUCGGCGUUCGCAAGUGGCAAUCGGCAAACGACGGACACAUUGUCUUUCAGUGGACCCAUAGCCAACACCUUGACAUCUCAACAGUGGCUGCUGCACGUUGUCGCUUACGGUGCGCAGACGUGGUUCCUUGGUGGCGCCUCUGCCUGGGCAGUUCAGUACAUCUCUAUCGUGUAUCUUACAAAGGCUCAACUUGUAAUUGGUGCUGGAACCUUAGGGACGAGCCUUGUGGGAAGUUCUCUUGGAGGUUACUGCCUCGACUACCUGAAUGUGCGUUGGGGUUGGAAUCGCCUGAAGGCAUGCUGCUUUUUGAAUUCAAUCUUCAUGAGUAUGUGCGUUCCACUUGGUCUCAUUGUGCCGUGGAUGGAGCACCUGGGACCCUUCUACGCGGUUUUCUUUUUCAUCCAAUUUUUGAAUAUUUGCACCAUGGCACCGAUCAACUUGGGCAUCAUGGAGAGUGUGGCCCCAGCAGAUCGCGGCACGGCUCUUGGCUUGGCCACCUUGGGCAUGCACAUCAUCGGGGAUGUGCCCUCAAACAUUCUCUACGGAAUGGAAGCAGACCGAAUCACCAAAGGCGCUGCAGGUUUCACCAGCACGUUGGCUUGCAGCUACGAAGCACUUGUGGGUGACCAGAGCAGCCCUGUGGUUCAUGGUAUGUGGGAAGCAUGUGAGUUAGGACAGCGGUCAGCCCUGGCCUUGCUCUGUUGCGGUAUGUACGCAUCCUUCUUUGUGUUUGCCAUUGCGCUCUACGGCAAAAGGCAAGCUGCAGAUCAGCUAUCCGUGGAGUUGGACGGCCAGGGGCCUGCUCGUCUGGGAUCUAUCUCCCAACAGUCCUCGCAUCACCCAACAGAAUUUGCCAAACGCCCGCAAAAUGUCGAGAGGUGCACCAGCUCCCUGGUGGCGGCGCUGGCGCUUUUGGCCCAGGGGGUUGAAGCCAUCGUGGCAAACUCGCAGGCUCUGGCUGCGCGGAAUCUCCCUCAGGGCAAGAAUGGCCUACCGCUGCACGAGGGCCCGAGGCCUCGAUGGCUCGCGCGGCAGGAUGAGCUUGUCAUCGAUGCCCGGCCAAAACCGCAAGGUGGCAUGCUCAUCAUGCAGCUGGUGAUGAUGGAUGCCGGUGGCUACUGGGGCAAGAUGAACAAAGACCGGCCCCGAUGGCUGCGAGCUAUUCUUGCAACCAAUCGUCACCACGCUAGGAAACACGGCCAUGCCAUGGUUAUCCGAUGGCGGCCGACGCUGCAGCUUACUGGCUGGCAGCAGCACCAGUGCGAGCAUGGCAAGAACAGCAUCCAAAGCAGGGAGGAGUGCAUCAAGCGCUGGGAGAGGGAAAACUUCUGCUGGGAGAAGUUCCCCUUCUUCGUGGACUACCUCCUCAGUGAGCAGAGGUUCACCCACAUGGUGCUUCUGGAUGCAGAUGCUGCGCUCGUCAGGCACAACAUGAACAUCCUCGGGGGCAUUGCCGACCAGAUGCGUGAUCAGAAUGUGGACGUGUUCCUCACAAACGAGGACUGGCUCAAGAACGGCAAGGAGCGCAUCAAUGGCGGCGUGAUCAUGGCCAGAAACACGAAGUGGGCAGAAGACAUGUUCCAGGACACCUUCGACGCACACCGCCUCGGACCCGAGACUCCGAAGGAAUGGCGCAUCGGAAAGACGGGCGUGCUAUGCAUGAGCAACGAGCAGAUUUGCCUCAACGACUUGUUCUACGGUCCUGGGCGCAAGCUGAUUCAAGGGCACAUGGCCUUCGAGAGCGGCAUUGUGUACAACCGAGGUGGCUGCACUCUGCGGCACUGCUUUGAGCCCAUCUCAGACAAGUCCAUGGAGGACUUGCGCUUGGAUGACGAGCGGCUGCAGAUCGUUCACUUCAUGGGUGGCAGCAAGGGCUUCGCACCGGACGUCCUGUGUGACGAGGGCCGCAACUUCACUGGUGAAGGGCCAGAGGAUUAUGGCUGCCGCAAGUGA